AUGCCUACAAACGAAGAGCUUCUUCUGUUGGAUUUGUGGGUUAGUCCAUUUUCGACGAGGGUGAAAAUCGCACUAGCUGAGAAAGGUCUGUCGUAUAAAACCCAAGAGGAAGACGUAUUAGGAGGGAAGAGUGAUUUACUAUUGAAAUCGAACCCUCUUUAUGCCAAAGUUCCAGUGUUGCUGCACAAUGGGAAACCGGUAGUUGAGUCCACAAACAUUGUGUAUUACAUCGAUGAGACAUGGCCUUCGCCCCAAUUGCUGCCCGCUUGCUCUUAUGGAAAGUCCACGGCUCGCUUCUGGGCUGAUUUCAUUGACAAGAAGGUGUUCGAUGCAGGCAGGAAUAUAUGGCAAAGCAAGGGGGAGGAGCUAGAGGCAGCUAAGAAUGAAUUUAUUGAUAUUCUGAAGAAGCUAGAAGGAGCCAUGGGGGAUAAGGACUACUUUGGGGGCGACAAAUUUGGGUUUGUCGACGUUAUCCUCAUCGGCCUCACGACCUGGUUUUACGCGUACGAGAAAUACGGAGGAUUCAAGAUUGAAAAAGAGUGUCCUAAAUUUGCAGCCUGGGUUAAUAGAUGCAAGGAGAGGGACAGUGUUGCCAAAAACUAUAUUGAUCCUGAACGGACUCACGAGUUUGUGGGUCUGUUAAGGAAGAUGCACGGUGUUGAGUAG